GGAGGAGUGGAGCAGAAACCCCGGCCUGCUGAGGAAGAGAGAGAUGUGAUUGUGCGUGUUUGGGACGAGAAAGCAAAGCACGGAGUGAUCCCAAUCGAGGCAAAAGUCCACCCGUGGAGGUCGCGCACUUUUAUCACUUGCUCGCGUGGAUUUGUCAAGUAAAAGUGUUGUCGGAGGGACUUCUGCGUCUACUUUUGUUUUUCCUCUCUCUGCCUUUCCUCCCCCUCCGCCCUGCAUUCCGCGGAGCAGCUGUGUUUUAAUGCCCCUGCGCACCCGAGGAGGAGAGGAAGGAGAGAAGAGUGAGGAAGAAGAGGAAGAAGAAGAAGAAGAAGAAGAAGAAGUGAGAAGGCCUGGACACCACCCUUCCUCGCCCCUCGAAGGUCUGUGCUCUCUCCCCUCCUGGCCCUGCAUGGACGGGGAUGGGGAGAGCCGGAUGCUGUUGCCGCGGGGCUGAGCGCCUCGCCUCCCCGUCUCUGCUGCGCCGUUUCCGGCCACUGCUGCUGCUGAUCAUCGCUCUCUGCUGCGGAGCUCACUUAGGUCAGUGCCAGGUUGUCACCCCUCAGUGUCGUAUCCAGAAGUGCACCACUGACUUUGUCUCCCUCACGUCCCACCUGACCCCAGCUGUGGAUGGCUUCCACACAGAGUUCUGCAAGGCUCUACGUGCGUACUCGGCCUGCACCCAGAGGACCGCCAAAUCCUGCCGGGGGAACCUGGUCUUCCACUCGGCCGUGUUGGGCAUCUCAGACCUCAUGAGCCAGAGGAACUGCUCCAGAGACGGGCCGACGUCCUCCACGCACCCCGAGGUGCUGCACGAGCCCUGCAACUACCACAGUCGAACCCAGCACGCACACACACACUCCCACGUGCACACACACACCCAUGCUCACAGCCACACUCAUAGCCACUCUCGGGCUGGGUACCUGUUCUGUGGGCUGUUCGGGGACCCCCACCUGAGGACAUUUAAGGACAGCUUCCAGACAUGUAAGGUGGAGGGGGCGUGGCCUCUUAUUGACAAUGACUAUCUGUCGGUGCAGGUCACUAACGUCCCUGUGGUGCCUGGCUCCAGUGCCACAGCAACCAACAAGGUCACCAUCAUCUUUAAACCGUAUGAGGGGUGCACAGAGCAGAGGGUGUACCAGGCAGUUACAGACGGCCUCCCUGCUGCCUUCGAUGAUGGGACAAUCAGUAGUGGAGACCCCAUUCACACAUCUGCAGGUGCAGACGGUUCAGCUGGAAAAGUCCGGGCUCUGUGGAUAUCUGAGCGCAGCCCCGGGCGACAUGUGGAGCUGCACGCUGGAUACAUUGGUGUAACAGUGAUCGUUCGCCAGCUGGGCCGCUACCUGACCCUCGCAGUGCGGAUCCCAGAGGAGCUGGCUCAAGCCUACGAUGCCACCCAGGACCUGCAGCUGUGUCUGAACGGCUGCCCCAGCGGAGAGCGAAUAGACCAGGCGGGGCACCUUCCCCUGCCUCUCUCCCCUCCUGCGCUUGGCCUGCAGCUUCAGCAGCUGCAUAGGCCUGAAUACGCCUCACAGACACAAGCAUCCCCCUACGGUGCCAUGCAGGUCUUCGGAGUAGAGGAGGCAAAGGAGCGAUGCAGGGAACAGCUGGAGGUGCAGGACAUUUACUAUCACUCCUGUGUGUUUGACCUCCUAACCACCGGGGAUGCUAACUUCACUGUGGCCGCGUACAGUGCCCAGAAAGACAUGGAGAGUCUCCACCCUCACCAGGAUAGAUGGAGGAUCUACCCUCGCAGCUCUGCUUUGUCCACCUUGUGCUGUGAUUCUCCAGCUGUCCUGCUGUGUGCAGUGAUCUUAGCACUGAUGUAAGAUAGGGAGCGGGACUCUUUGUGUGUGUGGGGGUGCAGCGCACUAGAGAGAGUUUUUUUUAUGAGCACUGUUACUGAUCACUCACCUGUCUCACAUAGAGAGGAAGCAGCAGGCUGGACACGUACUGGGAACCAGAUUUUUUGUAGAAGAACUGCAUCUUACCCUUAGAAUCAGUCGUCUGAUGAAUAACACUGAACAUGUAAUAAAGGCUUUUUUAAAUCUGUCAUCAUCUUUGGAAAGGACACUUGACAGAGACACACAUGUACCUGAGUGGGUGAAGAGAGUGUGGAUACACUCUCUAAACUGUAAAUAGCUUGUCUUCAGUGCACAGUGUAAUGCCGUAGGGUUUUUAUUUUUUUUUGUCAUUUGAUGUGAUCUUUCUUUAAUACCUCAGACAGAGGAUGUUUUAACAGAAGCACUUUAUUUAGAUUUUUUUUUUUUUUUUACAAAUCUACAUCAGUGUUUCUUCAUCACUUGCUUUCUCCACCAAAAUCGCUGAUGGUUCACUUCAGAGCCAUCUAUAAUUUGACUUUUGAUCCAUUUGAACUAAAAGUCUGUUGAAUCCAAGGAGCUGCGAUAUUUGUUCAAAUGCAUCAUCUAGCUGAUUUGACUCAGCGUCCCCUGUAACAUCAGACAAUGUGAGUUAUCUUUUGAAUGUAUUAUGAUUUUUCUUUAAAGCAAAUGCCAUUACUUUCUGUUGCUCUUUGAGUAUGUUUUUCUCAGUCCUGAUUUCAAAUAUAUGUGAAUGAGUGUGUGCACGUGUGUGUGUGGCUGUGUCAGUGUUUUUUUAUUCCUCUGAGAAUCAUGUUGCAGGUGUUCCCACCUUUUUUUUUGUUGCCUAAAGUCUGUGACAAACAGGCUCAGUGUGUUCUUUGUUUAAUUUGAGCCAAAGAAAGUUAAUUUAUGGUUUAAUGUACAAAAAAAUCCAGAACUCACUGUUUAAACCAGCACGUCUCCUCCUCACUCUCUCUGUGUUUAAAUGUUUCUACUGUAGACAGUUUUACUCCUAAAGCCAGGAUUGAAGAGCUGCUCCUAACUGGGAUACAUUAAAGAUACAAAACACUGCAAACCAGCUGUGUGUUGUGGAAAAUGUGUACUAUUAAAUAUCUAAUAGACCCUUCAGACUAUGAGCCUUAUAACAUGUAACUUUCUGUAGUAUUAUGCCCCAUUUGGUUGGAUGUAUGAGUUGGUUUUCAGUUUUGGGCAUCUUGUGCGUGUCACUUUGGUGAAGAGUGGCUGAUCAAUGUUGAAAUACUUAACUUAUUUAUGAUCGUAGAGUCCUGUAGAGGAAGUGAAGCUCCAUAUUCUUGCUGUUGGAUAAUAAUUUAAAUAAUGUCAGAUGUGAUUGUACUGCCACUUAGUGGUGCUUUGUUGCUAUGUCUGUGCUACUCAAGGUGCUCAAAAAAACGGUGUGCAAGCGUUUUAUUUAAAAAACAAUAAAUACAAAAUGGUUCAAGUUU